AUGAACGGUGAGACCCGGUACAUGAUGAUCCAGAAGCCCGGUAGGGCGGAUGGAGGCUGCAUGACACCGCAGAACGGUAAAACCGCCCUGCUCGAUCUGCUCGCUCAGCGCAAAACCGAGGGUACUAUCAACGGGUCGAUCCUGGUCGACGGCCGCCCGCUGCCCGUCUCAUUCCAGCGGUCUGGUCUCGAUGGCCAAAGCGCGUACAACACUGCCAGAUUCCUUCGCCGACUGGCAGAUGCUGGACAGGCUGUUCUAGUCACCGUUCACCAGCCAUCUGCACACCUUUUCGCUGAGUUCGAUCAGAUUGUUUUUCUGGCUAAAGGCGGCAAGACUGUGUACUUUGGUCCCAUCAGAGAGAAUGCCGCCGCUAUCGAAGACCAUUUCUCGCGCCAUGGGGCGCCAUGCCCGCCUGAGACCAACCCUGCUGAACAUAUGCUUGAUGUGGUUUCAGGCCAACUCAGUCAGGGCAGAGAUUGGAGCCAGCUCUGGCUCGAGUCGCCUGAGCACAAUGACAUGAUUCAGGAGCUUGACAGCAUCAUUGAAGAGGCUGCUGCUAAGCCGCAAGCCGUCACUGGUGAUGGUCGCGAGUUGGCUUGUACCCUUUGGGAGCAAACGGUCUUGAAGCGAGGCCGGUAUUGA